CAAGAAUAAGCAGUGUGAGACCUUUUGGCGCCCGAACGCCAGUUCGCCAUUUAUCAACAAUUCUUGGCUCUGGUUCGUCAUUAGUCAUGAUUUGAUUGAUUUGAUUGUUAUUAUUAUUAUUAUGAUUAUUAUUAUUAUUAUUAUUAUUACUGUUUCACUCGGUACUGCUACUGCGAGCAUCGUUCUCCUUUCCAUCCACGACUCUCCCUCCAAACCACACGUUUCUCCUCCUCCAGACAGGGCACUGUGGACACUGACACUGGAAACUGGACACCACCAGUGCAACAGACUCCCUCCUCCCUCAACCCCAGCGAUCGCUGCCAGCAACAACUCCCAAAAUCAACCGAAACUCGCCAGUGUUCGGGGACGUCCCGUCAGGGUCCCACUCAGCCUCGUCUUAAGCCCGUGGCUCCUUUUGAAUAAGGGAUCUUCCCUCCCCUCACCUCCCCCCCCUCCCCAAAUCUGCCAUCCUGUUCCUGCUGAGGGGGGCUGGGAUCUGACCGGCAUAUCACAUCGACAAUCGAUACCGAUCGGAGAUAGACGGGGAAAGAAACAGAAAGGAAGGGAGGGGGUAAAACCAAGACAGAAAGAAGGGAAUUGAGGAAUCGAGGAAUUACUGCCGGCGUAUGACGGAUGCGUGGCUCGUUCGGCCGAGGACCAUCGCGGAGCUGAACGGUCGAUUUGAAUUAUAAUUACAACUAUACGACACUCUCUUGCCAGCCAUGGCCGACUUCAUGGAGGGGGGCAGCUUUCUGCCUACCAUCAAGUGCUCCAGUUGCGGCGUCGACGUCGAGAUCUCUGCCAUGGGCGACCAUGUCUGCAGUCCACUCGCAGGUGAGAAAGAAAGCCGUCCUUUGUUCUUUGCCUAUCAAUUUAACAUAGCAUAUUAGAAGAAGAAGAAUCAGGAGAAGAAGAAGGAGAAGCAGUAAU